UCUCUCUCUCACGCCCAUCAUACUCUCUGAAAUUCAUUUCUCCUCCCUCGGCAAUCUGAACACCAUCCUUGUGUUUGGAGUACUUCCCUGCCAGCGACUUGUGUCUAAUCCCGUCUCUGGUCAGCCAUCCCUCCAACAGUACAUUCACACAGACUUCCGCCUAGCCCUUAGAACGCUAUCCUGUGCGCCAUCCGGGUGCCAUAUUCAUAUCUCCAUCACUUAAACGAUUUAUCUCACUUGUACCUAUAUCAACACACGAUCCCUACUCCGCUUCGGACACUCGACUCCUCAGCAGGCCCCUCUUGAAGAAAGUGCGCCGCACGCAUUCACACGAAGCAGCAGAGACUCUGAAUUGACGACAACGCUCCGCUCACCCCAUAGUCGUUUAGGUGCUGCUCUAAUUGCUUGACCUCACGCGCGCAAGAGCACACCCUGUGGACAAUUAGACACCUCUGGCUGGCUGUGGUGGACCACCGCUCUCGGGUCAUUCGGCUUGUGCAAAGUGCGCGAUGGAGACAUACAACGGCCACGUUCGGACGCCGACCGAUGCCAUCAUUCUCUUUGAAGCCUGCAGACUUGGAAUCUUACCGCGAGUUCAGCGGAGAUUGUCGGAAAAAGAAAGACAGUCCAUCAGAUCAGGAUCAGUGUUUGUCUGGGAUGAACGAGAGGCAGGAAUGAGAAGAUGGACGGAUGGAAAGAGUUGGAGUGCCAGUCGAGUCUCGGGCAGUUUCUUGACAUACCGAGAAAUGGAGGGCAAAAGAGGCAGCAACUCAUUCGUCACUCCUGCAAACAAAGGGACAAAAACACCGGACAGCAACCCGGACGAUUUACAGAAUGGUGAUGCUGAGGAGGGCCCGGACGGCUAUCGCUAUAAGCCUGACGGGCUGAUGAAACAGUCAUUCAGUAUCACCACUUCCCAGGGCCAACACCUCCAUCUGAUUAGCUACUACUCUCGGUCACAUCCCACAGCCCAAGGCCUUCGGCAACCUAGUACCGACCCCAAUUUGGCUCACGUUCAACCCGCCAAAGGACUCUAUCCCGAAUCGACGAUUAACGACCAGUCUUCGGUGCCAGCUGUGACGAGAUCACCUAUGGUAGGGGUUCCCAGCUACGUGGUAAGCCCCAGCGCUCCUGGCUAUCACAGACCGAGCCCUGGCAAUCCUCAUCCUUAUAUGCCACCUGGUUAUCUGCCUCAUGGUGCAUACAUCUAUCCCAUUAGUCCGAUGCAUACACCACCAGGACAUUACGCUUUACAGCCGUAUGGGCUUCCACAUACUCUACCGCCUGGAUUGCCGCCGCCCCUUCCUUACCCUCCACCGGGGGCCGGGGGUUACUCCCCCCAUGCGUUCCACAUGAGCCAUCCUCCUCCGUCUGUCUAUGAUCAGCGGCCACUUCGUACCUCCGAGUCAGCGCCACCGCCUGUAACAACGACGGCUAGCACCACUGCUGCACCAGCUCCACCCAUUUCGUACAGUACAAGUCAGUCGCUACCGCCUCCAACAGCUCCUCUUCCUAGUCCCGGGCUUCCGCCACCUUCGCCCCGAGAAGAGUCCGAUAAGCCACAAAUUGACCCAAGAUUGACUGCUGCCGCCGAAGCAGCCGAAUCGCAACACAAUGGUUCGGCAUCAAAACCUGAAGAGCCAGCUGCGUCACGUCCGGCUGAAUCUGCGUCCACCGGUGCCAGUCAAGCGCCUACGAUUCAUGCCUUGGUCCACAAUGUCUCAACAUUACCGCCGCCACCACCACCUGUGGAUAAUUCUCAAAAUGAGGCCGAAGUGGACAGGCAAGGUAGCACGAGCCCUGGAGGAACAAAGAACGGUGCACCGCCACAAGACAUCCCUAGUGAAAAGCUGGGUUUUCGAGAAGACAAGCGAGCUUUGAGCAAGCUUGAUCGGGUAUUUGCUAGGGUUUGAUGCUGAGUGCUGUAAACGCUCAAAUAGGGGAAGGGUUGAAUUGUCUGCAUCUGCCGUGGUGUUUUUGGUUCUGUACUUGGGCAACAUUUUUUCCGGCCGUCCUUUCUGGCGAUGCACAUAUUAAAAUUCGGCGUUUGUCAAUAUGAAGUACGACAUCAUGAUAUUCAAGGCUUUUGUUUG